AUGUGCUUAACGACUCUUGAUGCAAAGUUUUCCCUUCCUGUCGGUGUAAAUCAUUUAAUCAAAGGACUUACAGCGUUAGAUACUUUCAAUAUGAUGAAGAAUGAAACACAAGAGAUAAAUGUUUGCCUUGACCAUUUGCAACACAGCAGAACUGAUAGCAUUAUCGUUCAAAAAACCUGUUGCAGUCACUGUGCAAUCUGCACUGAAUUAGGAACUGUCUGUGAUGCUUGCAGUGACAAAGGCCACACUGUUACCGAACCUGCUUUGCGACCUUGUGAUUCUUGUCUGGAAAAAGAAAUUCAGUGCAUUAAAGCAGCAGUUGUGUGUGUUUCAGAGGAUUCUGAAUCAAGAAAUUCUGGUGCACAAAAAGAGCUUGUGAGAGUAAACGACGAACAGUCUGACCUGUUUUUAUCAAUCAUAUCUCCCAUUCCUGAUGGUGUACAUGGUUCUAAGAGAAAACGGCAGAGUUUCUCAAAUUGGUUCCUGUUAGUAAAUAACUACCGAAUAAAUUUGGUUCAACUCAGGGAGCUAAGAAAUGACCACGCCUUACAUUCAAAGCUAGCACCCUUGCUACCACUUAGUGCAGUUAGGAAUCGUGAUCGUCAAGAUGUCGAAUCUAUAAUGGAGAUCUCGAGUCCAUUGGUGAGAAAGAUUCUUACAGAUAAUGCUAAAACUGUAACUCACACUGUGGUACCUGAGAAGUACAGGCUAAGGGAGGACAACAAAAGCGGAGUUUUUAAGGCACCCAUUGGAACAUGCAUGGGUCUCUUAGGACACAUAUUUGUCAGUGAUGUUGUUCAAGGUAAGGUAUACAAGGUGCGAGCGAAUCACUAUCCAGCAAAUGUUACUGUGGAAAUGGAUAAUUUAGAACAUCCUAUUGGAGUUGCUGUUUUUAAAGACAUACAUUACUGUGUAGAAUCUCAACGGAACACAAUUGCCUUUAAAGAUUUAACAGGGGAGACAGUUGUCGAUGUAAACAAGUUAACUGUCGAGAAACUUAAGAAGAAGUUGAAAGACAUUGGUGCAUGGAAUGAAGAUUAUAAAAGAAAACCCAAAAAAUAUCUUCAAGAAAAGCUUAGAGAAGCCUUAAACAACAGAGUUGCUUCGGAAACAAAUCCAACACAACAGACGACACACCGCAGAAACCUCCCUUUGCAUAUUGACUUUGACAGAGAAAUCAAGCAGCCGGUGGCAUUAUGUUUUGAUCAAGAUGGGAAUAUGUAUGUUUCGACAUUCACUGGUGCAGUAUAUGUUGUGUGGUUUGAAGCUCUAACAACGCUUGUGGUUUUAGGUAAUGCCCAUUGCAUGUGCCUGCAGUACAGUUCGUGCAUGAGGAACAGCCAUGAGAUCUGUCAGGUUGAGGCAUUGGAAAAAAUGAAAUAG